UUGAAGUUAAAGUGGAACUGUCUCUCCUGGACAAAGAAAAAGAGGUGGACGGCCUGUCGCCCAACGGAAAAGCGAGUCCCUUUGCUGACUGCAGACUGAACGGGGCCCUGGCACACGGCUCUGAUGACGACUCCACGUUGCUCCCACUCGGCCCCAAGUCCCGAGACUAUGUGGAGGCCUCCGUGUGUCACGUUAAAGACUUGGAAAAUGGACAAAUGAGAGAGGUUGACUUGGGAUGUGGAAGAGCUUUGUUGGUCAAAGAACACGGAGAGUUUUCAGCCAUGGGCCACAAAUGUCCACACUAUGGAGCCCCCCUGGUUAAAGGUGUGCUAUCUAAAGGACACGUGCGCUGUCCAUGGCACGGUGCCUGUUUCAACAUUUCAACAGGAGACAUCGAGGACUUCCCGGGUCUGGACAGUCUCCCUACCUUCCAGGUCAGAGUUGAAAAGGACAAGGUGAUCAUUCGUGCAAACAAGCAGGCUCUUCAGUCACAGAAAAGAUCUAAACCUAUGGCCCGAUGUUCAGCUGUCAUCAACUCCAGCUCAGGCUUCAGUCACGUUCUCAUUAUUGGCUCAGGUCCAGCAGGUUUGGUGUGUGCAGAGACACUGAGGCAAGAAGGCUUCACUGAUCGCAUUGUGAUGUGCACCAUGGACAGACAUCCUCCGUAUGACAGGCCUAAACUGAGUAAGUCCUUAGAGAGCACAGCAGAGCAGCUGAGGUUACGCUCCCUGGACUUCCUGCAGGACCACGAUAUUGAACUGUUCACAGAGAAAGAGGUUGUAGCCCUGGACGUGAAGGGCCGAGCGGUGACGUUUGAAGAUGGUUUGAGGAUGGAGUACAGGAAACUUUUUAUUGCCACUGGCAGCAAACCAAAGCCGAUGAACUACAAGGGUAAAGAUGUCAGGAAUGUGUUCCACCUCCAGACGCCUGAGGAUGCAAACAGCAUAGCGAAGCUGGCCAACAACAAGAACGCUGUGAUUGUCGGGACAUCGUAUGUUGGGAUGGAGGUGGCUGCAGCUCUGACUGAUAAGGCCCACUCAGUCUCUGUCAUCGGGGUCGAGUCGCUCCCCUUCAAAACGACUCUCGGGGAGAAAGUAGGGAAAGUCAUAAUGAAGCUGUUUGAGACGAACAGGGUGAAGUUCUACAUGCUGAACGAGGUGUCAGAGAUGAUUGGUCAUCAUGGACAGCUAAAAGAGGUGGUACUUAAGAGCGGGAAAGUCCUGCGAGCAGAUGUGUGCGUCAUCGGAGCAGGAAGCGUUCCUGCCACAGGUUUUUUAAAGCAGAGCGGCAUCCACUUGGACUCCAAGGGCUUCAUCACUGUGAACAAGAUGAUGCAGACAAACAUUGAUGGGGUCUUUGCUGGAGGAGAUGUGGUGAUGUUUCCCUUCCCACAACGCAACAACAAGAAGGUGAACAUCCCUCACUGGCAGAUGGCUCAUGUACAYGGCAGGGUGGCAGCUCUCAGCAUGAUGGACAGAACCACUGAGAUCAAAACUGUGCCUUACUUCUGGUCGGCCAUGUUUGGGAAGACAAUCCGCUAUGCAGGUUAUGGUGAUGGAUUUGAUGAUGUCAUUAUUCAAGGAGAUCUGGAUGAACUGAGAUUUGUUGCAUUUUAUACCAGGAGUGAAGAGGUGGUCGCUGUCGCCAGCAUGAACUAUGAYCCCAUUGUAUCUCGAGUGGCCGAAGUCCUGGGAUCUGGAAAAACGAUUAAGAAGCGAGACGUGGAGAUGUUAGCCCGGUUUGGCAAGACUGGAGACAUAUCUUGGUUGAUUGACAAAGGCGCUCACUGAUCUAAAGUUGGAUGGACUCACUGGACACCUCAAUAUGGACACAUUGGUGCUGAGAAACUGAGCAGCUAUCAUAUUUUAUUAACUCACUUUUAUUGACACAUCUGUCCAUCUGAGACACCUUUAACCAUGUGGACCACCGGCUUCGUUUUGUUGCUGAGAGACACGUCAACGUGACAAAUGGACCCAAACUCGACGUGACUCGCUGAGCAGGCAGCUGGUGACGUUUAACAAAGCAAUAUGGUUUCCAGCCUUUGUGCUGCUCCAAGUUGUAUCUACAUGUAACUUUUGUUAAUAAGAAGCCAUGGAUGGGCAUUGGCAUUAUUUUGUACCAAUAACAUUGUAAAUACUUAUAAUCCUGAAUGCACUGUAACAGCUUAAGAGCAUUUUGCGGGGCAGGAGRUGUGUGCUUGUAUACAGGCCUUACAGCUGCAUGAUAUAACUUAUUGUAAUAGUAAUAAAAAAAAAAACCAGAAAGAUUUGAACUGGAACACCUUCAAAUCUGCAAAGAAAAAAAAAAAAAAGCAAAAGUCACUUCAGCAAAACCCUGAAUGCAGCUAAAACAGUCACUAACACCUGCUACAGCUUUAAUCUGGGAAUAAUUGACAGAACUACAAMAUACCUCCUUGUAUUAGUUGCCUUGCUAGAAAGAUGCAUAAAUUAUUUUAAUUAUACUAAUCACAUGCUUGUGCAAUAGAUUAACGCUGUCUUUUUUAUUUAUCUCAGAGCAAUAACUCCUGUAGAUGACUGCAAAAGUAGCCUGAGGAUGUUUUAUCUCCAUAUAGGGAAAUCAUUUGUUACUAACUCAGGGAACUGAGGUCUGUGGCCUGAGCUUACUGCUCCUUUUACACUCGUUGUUGCUUUAAUAUUGACUCCUGUAAUUUCACAGCUUCUCUUGUUUUCAUUCAGCAACGCUUUGUAAUGCGCUCUGAGCUACAAAGCAGGUGUUUGAUUACAUCCUGGAGGACUGAAAAUCUGAUCAGCUUUUGAUUUCUGACCCUCAAGUCAAAAGAGUAAAUAAAAAAAAGUGUUCUUCAUACAAAGAGGACAAAAUUUCAAACUAAACUUUGGAAAUAAAAGUGAUCCAACAAAAACAAAGCAUCACAUUAAGUUACUUUUUUAUUUUUAGUUCGUUUCAUCUUUUGUGUUUAAGUCAGCAAAUAUAUAAGGUUUAAUUGCUUUAAUAUAAAUUAAUUCUUUAAAUCAAAGCAGCAGCCAAUAUUUAGGAGAAAAAAAAUCCUAGCAUCAACAAACCAUUUAAAGCUGAGGAAAAACAGGGCUGCAGCCAUUUUAGUACAACCUUGAAAAAAACGCUACAAGAAGUCACACUCAGAUUGUGUUGUGGAGGACACUCUGCUACUACCACCUCAAAUAUUAGCUCAAAAUCUGUAAAACUGACUCAAUUAUUGCUAUUUUUUAACUUAUUUUCUAACCUUAAUGUCAGUUGGCUGUGGCAGCCAUCUUGAAUCAGGAUGACUAUAAUUAGAUGAACGACAAAUGAUCACUUUCUGCAAGUUUUAUUACAAAUUUAGUGGUUCAGAAGAUAUUUUGGUAACAAACAGGCACACGAACACACAAACAGACAAAAAGCUUUGUCGUCUGCCUUCACCUGGUGGCAGUGGGAGAUACAAACAGUGCCAAAAAAAA